GAGAGAGAGAGCACAAAUGGUGAAGAGAGAAGGCAUGGAGAGCAUAGCAGAGAGGCUAUCAAGGGAGGAGAACCUGUACUUCCCUAAGGCGCUUCAAUCCGACACCAAAGACUCCUCUCAGCGCAAGGCCAUCCUCCUUGACCUCCUCUCCCGAGACAUCGCGCUCUUCUUAGAAAGAUAUGGGUCGCAACUAACGUGUGAUGAGCUUCGGGAAUUCGACGCGCUUAAAGACGAUUAUGAGAUAAAUUGGCACUUGAAGCACCUCAGAAGCAUAAUGAGUCCAACAUUGGAUGAGUUGAAGUCCAGGUCGGUGACCGUGAAGAACCGGAGACGUGCCUACUUGAAUAAACUGAUACAUGAUGGGCAGUAUUUCUCAGAGGACGCAAUGAGGGAAAGGGAUCCCUAUUUACAUCACGAGUAUGUAGGUAAAUAUCAGGAUCCAAUUGGUAGAAGCAUGGCAAGACCGGGGGAGCGGUGGUCAGAGACAUUGAUGCGGAGAUCAGAGGAAGCAUUUUUGGUUGCAAAGAUUAGAAGGGAGCAACAGAGGUUAGGUGUGGAUGAGAGGGACUGGAUUGGUAAUGAUAGAAAUCAAGGAGAAGAAGAAGAAGAAGAGCAAGAAGAGGAAGAGGAGGAGGAGGAAGAAGAAGAAGAGGAGGAGGAGGAGGAUGAAGAAGAAGCUAAGAAGGCUAAUGGGGCUACACAUUCUGCAGAGGAAGAAGAAGAAGGGGAGGAGGAGAAGGAAGAGGAGGAUGAAGAAGAAGCUAAGAAGGCUAAUGGGGCUACACAUUCUGCAGAGAUGGCCGUGGAUCAUCAUGAUGCAACCAAUGGUGCCCACUCCACUACAGCAAGAGGCAGUGAGGAUGCAACUUUGUCUGCGGCAGAGAUGCAAGAUCAGAUGGACCAAUUCACCUACAUCAUGCAGCAGAAAUUUCUUUUGGGGGAAGAUUGUGAGCAUUUAGAUUAUUCUAAAAUUGACAAUGACCAGACCUUGGAUGAUCAUUGGCAGAGGGAAGCCAACCAUGAUGCUGAGGAAAAGUAUUUUGCUGAAGAUUGAGGAGAGUGGAAGCUGCUUUCACUUUUGACUUGUCUAUUAUAAUCUUUGUUUGCUUGUAGUCUUUACUAGCUCAUACAUUCAUAUAUAUAUAAUUUAAUGUCCUUUUGUGUAAAUGAUAUGGGACCAGCAGCUUGUUUUAGUUGCUUGCUGUGUUCUGCUAAGGGCUUAAAUCUCAAGAAAGGGAGGGACGGACGGACGUAUACCGUUAAAUCUUUCUAUAACUUCUUUUUUACCUCAUGAGAGCAUUUCAUUCCCUUGGAGGUGUGUUUGGCAGAAUAAAGUCUUCUUGAAAGCGA